AUGCUGCCAAAGCUUCAAGAGUUUUCUGUUGAUCGAUGUUUCAAUCCUCCAGAUUUUGGAGAAGUUGUCUCCUGCCAACUCCUUUAUUUUUCUGAUGCUUCUCAACUGGCUUAUGGUGCAGUGUCCUAUCUGUGGCUCGUCAACUCACAAGGCAAUGUUCAUUGCUGCUUUGUGUUGCUAGCUCCACUAAAACCAGUUACCAUUCCGAGGAUGGAGCUCUCCGCCAUUGUGCUGUCUACAAGAUUGGACAGGAUGAUUCGUGAAGAGUUGGAGUACAGAAUUGAAGAGUCUUUCUUCUGGACAGAUAGCACGUGUGUCCUACGCUAUGCGGAGAAUAAAGGUAGCAGAUAUCAAACAUUUGUUGCAAAUCGAGUAUCAGCAAUAAGUGAACAAUCUUCCCCUAUCCAGUGGAAGUAUGUUGAAACGAAUCUCAAUCCCACUGAUGACGCCUCAAGAGGAUUGACUGUGGAUGUCAUCGUAGGGAGUAACCACUGGUGUAUGGGUCCAUGUUUUCUUUGGCAGAAUGAGGAAAGUUGGCCAAAACGCCCUGCUGCUAUGUACGAAGAUAGAGAAGAGGAGCUACGCACAUCUGAAGAAAAUACAACUACAUUCCUCAUUGUGGCCCACCCCGCCAACCAAGUUAUCAACAAAUUAUUCGAGCGUUUCUCCUUGCGGCUUCAGCUAAAGAAGUGUGUGGCCUGGAUGCUAUGGUUUAAAGAUUGUUGA